AAAACAUUUUGCUGCUUCUGUAUGACAGCAGGUUCCGGUCUUCUUUGAACUUUCACUUUAAACCCUAAAAUGCCGAAAGAAAGUUUAAAAGACAAGCUUGAAGGCAAUGAACUUGACUUAAGCCUCAAUAAUUUGGACACAGUUCCUGUCAAAGAUCUGGCUGCAAUCCCAAAAGCAACUCGUCUGGAUUUGUCUUGCAACCAAUUGACCUCUCUACCAGACAACUUUCCCUCACUGACUCAUCUAGUAAAAAUUGACCUCAGUAAGAACAGGCUAACAGAGCUACCAGAGAACUUUGGAAACCUGCAGAAUCUUCAGCAUCUAGAUCUGCUUGGAAAUCAGCUUGUUCUUUUACCCAUCAGUUUUUACAAACUGACCAAACUGAAAUGGCUUGAUUUAAAGGACAAUCCACUACAGGCUGAUCUACGGAAAAUAGCAGGAGAUUGUUUGGAUGAAAACCAGUGCAAAAAGUGUGCUACUCAAGUUUUGAAGUAUCUCAGGGAUUGUAAUUCAGAGCUUGAAAGAUUAAAACAGAAGAAGCUAAAGGAGGAGAGAGAGGAGAAAAAAAGACUGCAAGCUCAAGAAGAGGCAGAAAAAGAAAAAGUUCGCCAAGAACGAAAACAGAAAAAGAAUGCAAACAAGAAAAAGAAAGAUGAUACUACAGCCAAAGAGGAUGUUUAUUCUCCAGUUAAAAAACCUGAAACUAAAACCAUAUCAAAUGGCAAUGGAAAAUCGGCAACAAGACCAAAAAACACAGGUACUAAGUCAGGAAUGUCCUGGUUUUCCAUUCUUGCACUGUUCUUUGCUGUGUUUGGGAUCAUAAUUGGUAGCUUGUACACAGUUUGUCAAGAAAACAAAAAUGAACUCUGUGAACAAUACUGGAAGCCAGCAGAGACAGAGACCAGAGUUUUCCUUGCUAAUAUGAAAACCAACUCUCAAGAACUGAUGAAAAGGUCAAGUGAGACACUGUCUGGCUAUUACGAUAAAUACAUGGGUAAGAAAACUACAGAGCAAAAGAAGAGUCAGGAAGACAGCGGGACCAAGACCACAGAGAACACGGAAAAACCAGGAAAGAAGGAGAGAGCUCAUACUUGAUUUAUACAUGUAUGUUAAUCGGCAGAAUACAUGUCCAUGAGUCUGUGCACAGAAAUCAUCGAUCAAUUUUUUUGACAUCAAAAUAGAAGUCUUAAAUAAUUUCUAUAUUUUCUCUUGCUAAAUGUUGGCUCAAAUAAAUCCUUUUGUCUGAAGGAAUAGGGAUAAAUGGUAUUUUUUGUUGUUAUAAUUUGUUCACCUAUACAUCCGUUUAUCUGACAUCAAAAUGAUAAUGUUAUCAUCAAUGUUAAUAAAAAAAUUCAUGUACAAACAAAAAACUGUCUUUUAAAAUGGGAGUAUUUUGCAAUUAAUUUCUUGUCAUGUUAUCUACUACCACAUUUCAUGACAGAUUCAUUCCAUUUAUUGAAUUUUGAUAUGCAGGUUUCAUUUUUGGGAUUCAUGAAUACCUUUCAUGACAAUUUGUUCUUUCCUCAAAUCACAACUUUCACACAUGCAAACAAGCCAUUAUUUUCCAUAGUUUUGCCAUGGUUAAGUUUCUUAUUACAUGUGACAAGUUCAAUGUAAGGUGAAUUUGCCAUUUCAGACUUCAUUUCACCCUUUUUCGUUAUUAUCUUAAAAUAUAGAAUCUUUGAUCAUUCCUUUUAUAAGUAAUAUUGGAGACAGUGUUGUUGUUUUUUUAUUGCAAUGUAUAUAUGAAGUUCCAUUUGAAUAAUUAUAGCUUUACAAGCUAUAAAAUAAUGUAAAUUUACAUCUUUAAAUGAUUAUGUGUACUCUAUAUUUAUAAUGAGUCAUUGUAACAGUAUUUCACUGUUAAAAAUGUUGCAGAGAAGUUUUUUUUAAUUUGCAAAUGCAUGAUUUAUAUGUACUGAGUAAUUGUUGUAAUUGGGCCAUGUAUGGAUGAACACUUUAGGUUGGUAGACUAGUACAUGUUAUAUUAAGGUACUCGACAUGUGUUUGAAGCAGUGUCUGCAUUACUUCUUAACCCAUGCAAUAUAUUUAUUUAUUACAACCUGGAUUAAGAGGGGAAUUAAAGCAAUAGUGCCUAUAAUCAAGUUCUUUUUCAAUGUAAUGUGCAAGUUAAACUCCAGAAAAAUACUUCAAAAUCUGUAUAUACUAUUCGCAGUACAUGCUGUAUUACUGGUAAAUAUCACCAUAUGUUUUUGUAGACUCUUUUGCAGUAAAAUACUACACUUAAAUACUUACUUUCAAUGAAGUUCUUAUUUUAGCAGAAAACUGUGUCGGUUAGUAGGGUGAAAGGAUGAAGAAAUAAAAAAGUCAUUGCUUCUC